GGGGCCGGCCAUGCCCCCACCCCCCGGGCCCCAUGUACGGCCCCGAAUGCCACGCGGAGGUGACGCCGUCCCCGCAGGGUCACCGCUCCUUCCGCUACGCCCUGCAGGAGCACCCGCGCCAGGCCCUGGCCGUCAUGAACCAGCUGCGGCUCAGCCGGCAGCUCUGCGACGUCACCCUGCGGGUGCGCUACGGCGACGGCCCCCCCACCGACUUCCCGGCUCACAAAGUGGUCUUGGCCUCCUCCAGCCCCGUCUUCAGGGCCAUGUUCACGGCGGGGCUGCGGGAGCAGGCCAUGGAGGUGGUGCCCAUCGAAGGGGUGCACCCGCGGGUGAUGGAGCGGCUGCUGGAGUUCGCCUACACGGCGUCCAUCUCGGUGGGGGAGCGCUGCGUGCUGCACGUGAUGAGCGGGGCCGUCAUGUACCAGAUCGACAGCGUGGUGCGCGCCUGCUGCGACUUCCUGCUGCAGCAGCUCGACCCCAGCAACGCCAUCGGCAUCGCCAACUUCGCCGAGCAGAUCGGCUGCACCGAGCUGCACCAGCGCGCCAGGGAGUACAUCUACAUGCACUUUGCUGAGGUAUCCAAGCAGGAGGAGUUCUUCAACCUGUCCCACUGCCAGCUGGCCACGCUCAUCAGCCGCGACGAGCUGAACGUGCGCUGCGAGUCGGAGGUGUUCCACGCCUGCAUCAACUGGGUGCAGUACGACUGCGAGCAGCGGCGGCCGUACGUGCAGGCAUUGCUGCGCGCCGUGCGCUGCCACGCGCUGACGCCGCAUUUCCUGCAGAUGCAGCUGCAGAAGUGCGAGCUGCUGCGCUCCGACGCGCGCUGCAAGGAUUACCUGGCGCAGAUCUUCCAGGACCUCACCCUGCACAAACCCACCCCCCAGGUGCAGCCCGGCAGAGCCCCCAAAGUGGGGCAGCUCAUCUACACGGCCGGCGGUUACUACCGGCAGUCGCUGGGCUACCUGGAGGCCUUCAACCCCCGCGACGGCUCCUGGGUGCGCCUGGCCGACCUGCAGGUGCCGCGCAGCGGGUUGGGGGGCUGCGUGGUGGGGGGGCUCUUCUACGCCGUCGGGGGGAGGAACAAUUCGCCCGACGGCAGCACCGACUCGGCCGCCAUCGACUGUUACAACCCCAUGACCAACCGCUGGUCGCCCUGCGCCCCGAUGAGCGUCCCCCGCAACCGCAUCGGGGUGGGGGUGAUCGAUGGGAUGAUCUACGCCGUGGGGGGGUCGCACGGCUGCGUGCAUCACAGCAGUGUGGAGAGGUGAGGGGGGGGAGGGGCAGGUGUGACCUGGGGGGU